AUGACAUCAACCACGGAUUCUACUCAUCGCGGACGUCCUCCUAAACAGAAACCUUUAGCGUAUACUCAGGAGCAUCAUGCUGUCUCAUCAGUGCUUUCCGUCGACUCCAUCCAAUGGCAUUUCAACCCACCUGCUGCACCACACAUAGGUGGUAAAUGGAAAGCGGUGGUGAAAUCGAUCAAAUUUCAUCUUCGGCGCACGAUAGGAGACACCAUACUCACGUUCGAGGAACUCACGACGUUGCUGACGCAAAUUGAAGCAACACUAAACUCAAGGCCCCUCGAACCACUCAGCGAUGAUCCUGAGGAUGUAUCUACACUUACUCCGGGGCAUCUUUUGGUCGGAGGCGCACUCUCAUCAUUGCCGGAACCAUCAUUGUUGGACUUCAACAUCAACCGCCUGUCCAGAUAG